ACACCGCAGCUAGCACGCGGCUCUCCGAGCUUCGUAUGCUUUGCUCUCGGCUGCAGCAAGCCUCUCGUCCGCCGGCCGUGACGUAUGUCACCCGGUCGAGCUAGCAGCACAAGUGGAUAGCUAGCUAGAUACGUAGCGAAGAGCAACGCGCGUCGGCUAGCUAGCUCGGCGCACGCACGACUCGGCAUGGCCGGCGGCCUGCCUCCAGGGUAUCGCUUCUACCCGACGGAGGAGGAGCUGAUAUGCUUCUACCUCCGCAACAAGCUGGACAGCCUCCGCGACGACAUCGAGCGCGUCAUCCCCGUCGUCGACGUCUACUCCGUCGAUCCCUGGCAGCUCUCAGAGAUCCACGAGAGGCGCCUGUGCAGCGGCACCGGAGAGGGGGAGCCCUGGUUCUACUUCUGCCCGCGGCAGGAGAGGGAGGCGCGGGGCGGGCGGCCCAGCCGGACGACGCCGUCGGGGUAUUGGAAGGCCGCGGGCAUGCCCGGGGUCGUCUACUCCGCCGACUGCCACGCCAUCGGGAUGAAGAAGACCAUGGUGUUCUACCGCGGCCGCGCACCGUCGGGGACCAAGACCAAGUGGAAGAUGAACGAGUACAGGGCGCUCCAGUACACCGCCGCCGCCGGUAGUGGAACCGAUGGGUCCUCCUCCACUAAAGCCCACGCCGCCGCACCAUCAAACCUUCCUCCUCAGUUGAGGAGCGAGUUCAGCCUGUGUCGACUCUACACCAAAUCCGGAACCCUGAGACUCUUUGACCGGCGGCCGCUCGCCGCUGUUACAGGCGGUUCUGGCGAGGAUCCAGGGCCAUCCACGGCAGCCGCCGCGUCACCAGAUUAUGGCCAUGGCUCCGGUGACUCCAUGCAACCGCAGCAGCUGACGGAUGGUGCCCACGAUCCAUACGGGGACGACGUGGACAACUUGGAUGCCCUUUUAUACUGGCCUAGAGACUAGAUGCGGCCAUGCUCGCAUGAGCUCACCCUUUCCGUACUUACUGAUCCACAUGCAUGGCGACAUGGAUUCUUUAUUUCUGCCAAAAAAAAGAAGAUGAGAUACUCCAUCUUGUAGCUUAGUACUGGUUAUCCUGGAACAGGAUUCUAUUUACUGCCUCGAACUCUUGUAUGUACAGUCAUUUACUGUACGAAAAAUUUCAGAGAAAUUCAAAUUUUGGUCCUUUCCAGAGUA